UUUACCAAGUGAAUCAGAGUCACAAUGAGGACAUUUUUCAGAACUUUAUUGAUCCUGGUAUUGCACGCUACGUACUGCACGUUGGAUUCCAUCAGAGACAAAGAUGACCUGGAAGUCUGCAUUUUGUCCAGUGUUACUAAUGGAUCUGUUCCUAAUGCCAAGGAUAAAUAUUUAUCAGGAGAAAUAGUAUUGUAUUCUUGUGAAGCAGAUUAUAUUUCAGUCACAGGACUUCAGUGGGGGGCCUCACAUUGCAAAUCUGGACAGUGGCAUCCUGUCCCACAAUGUAACAAGAAAACAUGUAAGCUGCUAAGUAUUCCUAACGGUUGGACCAAAAAUGCUAAGUUUGCCUAUGACAUUGGGACUACGCUGGAGUAUGAAUGUUAUGAAAAUUUCAUCCCUGCUAAAGAGAAGUCAGUUUGUACCACCGAUGGCUGGAGUUCACAACCCCUGUGCCAAGUUAAACCAAAGGUCUGCACUUUGCCUGAUGUUGCCCAUGCAUAUUUAUUUAAUAAAAGAAAUGAAUACUUUCCUGAAGAAAUAUUAUAUUUCACUUGUAAGACUGGCUAUAAAUCAAACACUGGAAGAUGGUGGGGUGGGGUGCAAUGUAAAUCUGAAGAAUGGCAACCCACACCUGAAUGUAUUGGUAAGUAG